UAACGACAAAAGCAAAUCACCAAACGUCGUCGCGGUUUAGUUGAGUUUGAUUAUUCGAUUGACAAGUACAACGAUUCCCAUCGACUUUAAUUUCUUUAAAUAUAAAUAAAAUAAAUUAAAAAUAAACACAUACAAAAAAAAAAUUGGCUGACAUAAAUACACAUUCAAAUAUAUAUGUGAUAUAAAGAUGGAAAAUUAAGAAAAAGCAAAAGUUUCCAUUAUAAAUAAAAAGCAGUGAAAAACUUAGAGCCUCGCGAAAAAUUAAUGAAAAAUUUACCAUCUCAAAGAUUAUUGAAAACUGUAGUGAAAAGUGGCGUGAUUUCUUCAGUUUGUUUACAAUCAUUGAUUUUUUAAUACAAUUUUAUUAUCAAAGUGAAGACAAGUUCAUAUUUUGUGUAUAUGGCGCGAAGUAGUUAUUGAUUCAAUUAUUUAUAGCGUAAAUUAGCCAGUUUAAAAUAACAAUAUGUUGGGAUUAUUAGAAUUUAUCAUCUUUAUUGGAAUCGUGUGCUAUGUUUUUAACAAAAACAGCACAACCAAAAUGCUUGAUGCACUUCAAGCUCGCGCCAAUGAACUAUGGCGUACCGAGCCUAGAAACCCAGGAGACAUGUUUUCGUCUAAUAACUCUCGAACCGCUCAUGAGCAAAUACGGAAAGAGUUAGCUCAGAAGAAAGAUCGCCAAAAGAAGAUGCUUGAAUCUGAGCUGUUUAAUAUUAAAGAGAAACCAGUCUCUUUCAUCACACCUCCAUCAAAGUACUUAACCGGGCUGUCGUGUAAAUUCUGUGCACCAGGGAAUAGUGAAAGUCAAUUAGAUCCGUCACAAAAGCGCAGAGAUGUCAUCGAUAUUUUAAAAGUCACAAAACAUGCUGGAUGGAGACCAAAUGCAUCUAAAUACGAUUGGGGAACCUGGUGCCCACAUAUGGCUCAAAGUUUACGUUUAAAGAGCUAUAAUUACCCUCAAGUGUCACAGUCCGUAAUGCAAGAUGAACGGAUGCGCACAGCUAUUCGGCAAGCAGCAAAGGACGCUUUAGAAGAGAAGAAACAAAAAUUAAGUGAAUGCCACACCGAAAACGACGAUGAUUUUGAUGAGACAGAAUAUUAUGACAAUAUGCUAAAUUUCAAUGAAAAUCGUGCAAAAAAAUUGUUGGCUGAGCUUCGUUCUGCUGUUUCUGAGGCAUUAUUACGCACCACAUCGUGGGUACUUUACAAAUUAUUACCAAUGUUUCUAUCCGGUGUAGCAGCUCAUCCUGCUCAUAUUGAGAUGCUAAAGGCAGCAAGCAAUAAAAUGCCAAAUGUACCAAUGAUUUUUCUGCCACUCCAUAGAAGUCAUUUGGACUACAUUCUCGUCACUUUUAUUUUGUGUAAUAAUGACAUGAGAGCUCCUUUAGUUGCGGCUGGGAACAACCUUAACAUAACAUUUUUUGGUCGGCUUUUACGCGGUCUUGGUGCAUUUUUCAUAAAGCGUAAAAUUGAUCCUGUAGCUGGCAAGAAGGAUGUUGUAUAUCGCGGACUUCUUCACACGUACAUGCAAAAAGCCUUAGUAGCUGGACAUGAUAUAGAGUUCUUUAUUGAAGGUGGCAGGACACGCACCGGCAAACCAUGCAUGCCUAAGAGUGGUGUUUUAUCAGUAAUCAUAGAUGCCUGUAUGGAUCACACCAUUCCAGACGCAUUACUCGUGCCUGUUUCUAUUAACUAUGAAAAACUGGUCGACGGAAAUUUUGUAUACGAACAGCUUGGACAGAAGAAAAAACCAGAAACAUUUAAAUCGGCAAUAAGCGCGAUCUGGAAAACACUAAACUCACAAUAUGGACUAAUGCGUAUUGAUUUUAAUGAACCUUUUUCUCUACGGGAGCUUGUAAAUUCCUUCAGUAAAACUAACGAAAUUGGAUCACGAACUGGAAAUCGCCAUUUGCUUCAACAUAAUCUGUCAACAUCGUCAUUAUAUGGAACGGAUGUCGUUCAGGAAGAACAUCGUGUUCUUGUUGACCGUAUUGCUCGUCAUGUGGUCUAUGAUUGUGCAAGUGCAACGUCAAUUAUGACAACGAAUGCCCUUGCUUUCUUGCUUCUUACCCAAUUCAGGGAUGGAGCACCUCUUUCCGUCUUAGUUGAAGCUAUGAAUUGUUUAAGGGACGAUGUUUCUAGAGGAAAUCGAGAUAUUGGAUUCACUGGCACUUCCGAAGAUGUGAUACUAUAUGCAGCUAAUUUAUUGGGACCAAGUACAGUAACGAUAGAAAAAUGGGGUGGACAAACUUUUAUUCGUCCAGUUACGAUUAUUCCAAAUGUUAUCGAACUAUAUUACUAUGCAAAUACUGUUGUGCCUUUUUACGCAUUGGAUUCCGUAAUUGUUACAGUAGCAAAUAAUUUGGCAAAAUUACGUCAAAAUAAUGGAUCUUUGUUAGAAGACGUAGGUGUAUCUGAAGAUGAAAUAUGUGAGAUAAGCAAACAAUUUUGUGAUAUUUUUCGGUACGAGUUUAUAUUUUGUAAGCCUUGUCAAAACUUCAAUACUGUGUUAUUGGAUGCUAUAUCGACUCUGAGCGACAAAAACAUUGUGCGGAAACCUAUGAUUGAAGUCACCGAGGAAGAGACUCGAGCAAAUCGUAUAGCUAAGUUUUUAGAAAAUGAUAAUCAAAUUGAUUUGUCCGAUAACAGUCUUAGUGACGAUGAAAACGCAAAUGUAUGGAAAAGAUCCUUAUGUGAAAAACAAAAUAUUUUUUUGCCAGCUGAAAAACACUGUGACCGUAUUGUUUUAAUGACGGUUCUCGCCCCAAUAACACACACAUAUCUGUCAGUGGCUAAAACUUUACACCAUCUUGUUGGCUGUAAUUCAAUAAUUGAAAAUGAAUUUAUUUCAAAGUGUGUUCAAGAGAUCACAUACCGCUUAAAAGAUGGAAAUUGCAAAUUUGGGGAGAGUAUUUCUACAGAUUCUAUUCGAAAUUGCAUCAAGUUGUUUGAAAAAUGGAAUAUUGUGGACAUCUCAACAAGUACUGGGGCUCGACUGUUAUCAUUGAAUCCAAUUUACAACUCAGUGGCUGGUGUGCGACAAACUGUUGAUAGAAUUAAUAGAUUUAUUCCUUUAUGAAUAGUAAAUUCAAUAAACAUCUUCAUUGAUUUGAAGACUCCCUGUAGGUUCAAGGCAACAAAAAUGGAACAGUUAGGCGAUUUUCACUUUGUCAAAGAUUUUUUUUUCUUUCUUAACGUUUAAAGUUGAUUACUAAUGCUCAAAUUUAUAUUAAUUUUAUAUUAUAAAACAAUAAAAUUAAAAAUCGUUUUGAUGAUUAAAAAUCAGACCAAAUUAAGAAUCAUGAUAAAACAUGAUAAGAAAAAAAUAAAAUCAAUUUUGCCCGUACUUUAGUUUAAAAUAAAAAAAAUUACGUAAUAUUGAAAGGAAUGUCAACUCCUGAAAUAAUAAAAAUACCUUGCCUUAGCUGUCAUUACUUAAGCUUAGUUAAUAUUUAUAGAAAUUUGAAUACUGAAUUGGUUUUGUUUAAUUGUUACAAUUAAAAUUAAACUGACAUCAGAAAAUAUUAUACACCUAGGUUAACUACAUAUUUCUUUUUUUUGUACUAUGCGU